AUGGGCACCCACGGGACCUAUACCCUGAUAGACACCACGCCCGCUAAGACCAUCCUGGUGUACCGCAAUGGGGACCAGUAUUAUGUGGGCAAGAAGUUUGUCUUCAACCGGCGGCGGGUGGCGUCUUUCGAGGCCUUCCUGAACCAGCUGAACGACGAGAUCGAGGUGCCCUUCGGGGUGCGGCGGCUCUACACGCCCACGCAUGGCCACCAGGUCCAGGAGCUGGACAGUGUGCAGCAGGGGGGCAAGUACGUGGCCGCCGGCAGAGAGAGGUUCAAGAAGCUGAAUUAUAUUCACAUAGUUCCCAGAAAACCUUCAAAGAUAAGAAAACUCAAGGAAAUCAAACCCGUGGUACAUUGUGAAAUGAACGUGCCUUCCAGGUGGCAAACAUUUAAUCGUACAUCCCGACAUAUAAAUGUUUUCACAAAUGGAAAAUUAUUUAUUCCACCUGUAAAAAUUAUUAUACCCAAAUUCAGUCUGUCAGAUUGGAAUACUGUGCUGGCCUUGAUUGGAGAAAAAGUCUUCCCUCUAGGAGGUGUCCGAAAAUUAUUUACAAUGAAUGGACGUCUUUUGGACAACUCAAAGGAUUUGCAAGACCAUCAUUUUUAUGUUGCAGCAGGACUGGAGCCUUUUAAAUAUUUUCCUUAUUGGAAGUCCUCGAAGGUCCCCAGUGAGAUCCAACAAAGGUACACGGACACUGAAAAACACCCACGAAGAAAGAAGAAAGUAAAUUCCAAAGGAAAAGAACCUCAUAAACCUGAAGACAUACCAACUAAAGCCCAAGAUUCUGUUUAUCAUGCCAAAGAAAGAAAGAAAAAAACUUUGGUAGAGCCUUUAAUCACAAGCGGUGCAGAAGGUGAUGUGUAUAAAGCUCGGACUCCUAAUGCAGAAACCCAAGGGGCACCAGAAGUAAAAGAGGACCAAGAUGUGAAAGAGGAAGUGCCUGUGGAUCAGUUACCAGCUGAGAUAGUUAAAGAAGAUGAAGAGAUACAUGAUAGUACCGAUGAUUUUGAAGGCAACAAGGUAAUGUUAAAGCAGGGGGAUGAUGUGAUCGAAUUCAUGUUUUUAAAAAAUCACCCAGAUAGCAGGGGGAAAGGGAAAAAGGAAAAAAAAUCACACGAACUACUAGAAACUCCAGUAAAAGUAGAAGCCCAAAGAAAACCACCACUGGAACAACAAUUACAAGAACAGUCAUCACCAAGACAACAAGAACAAAUACCUGAGAAAGAAGAAUCCCUUGGACAGUCAUCACCGAGACUAUCAUCUCAAGAACAAAUACGUGAGAAGCAGGAAUCCCUUGAACAGUCAUCACUGAGACAAUCAUCUCAAGAACAAAUACCCAAGAAACAGGAAUCCAUUGAACCACCAUCACCGAGACAAUCAUCUCAAAAACAAAUACCUGAGAGACAGGAAUCUCUUGAACAGUCACUACCAGAGCAACAAGCCCAAGAAGAAGCACCUGAGAAGCCAGAAUCCCUUGAACAGUCAUCACCAAGACAAUCAUCUCAAGAACAAAUACCUGAGAAACAGAAAUCCCUUGAACAGUUAUCCCUGGGGCAGCAAGCCCAAGAACAAGUACCUGAGAGAGAAGAAUCCCCUGAACAGCCAUCACCAAGUCAAUCACGUCAAGAACAAAUACCUGAGAAACAGGAAUUCCUUGAACAGUCAUUGCCGAGACAACCAUCUGAAGAACAAAUAUCUGAGAAACGGGAAUCUCUUGAACAGUUACUACCAGAGCAACAAGCCCAAGAACAAGUACCUGAGAAGCAAGAACCCCUUGAACAGUCAUCACCAGAGCAACUAUCUCAAGAACAGAUGCCUCAGGAACAACAAACCCAAGAACAAUUAUCAUGA